GCGUCCCUCGCUUCAGGCUCCUCCUCCUGUCGGUCCCCACCCUUCACCACUCCUUGGCUCAGAUCAGCAAAUCCGAAGCUUCCCUGAGCAGCCCAGAAGCAGCUGCAGGCGCAACGAAGGGGCCGGAGGAGCGCAGCCCGACGGCCGCGCAGAGCCCUUGGGCAGCCGCGGCGGGCGCGCGUCGGAGCAGCCGGGAGGGCGUCGGGGAGCCUGCGAGCGCCGAGCGGCUGGAGAGGGGAGGAGCCCGCGACUGCAUCGGGGAAGGGGAGAAAAGUGCGUGUGCCGGCGUGAGAGUGUGUCUGGGCCCAAUCUCGGAUCAAGGCGCACGACAAGGAAGGGGCUUUGAGGGCGAAGGCCCCCAGGCCUCCGCGCGCCGGACCCCCACGGUUUUGCCGCGUUGGCUCCGGCUCCCUGGCGUCCAGCACUAUGGACUUGCGCGGAGUUGGAACCGGCCGGGGCAGCCGCCAGUCUGCCCGGCGCUGGGGAUUCGCGGGUGCGCGCGCGGGGAUGGCGAGGUAGGAUGGCUGCCCUGCGCGACCCCCGCCGCGCCCUCGCAGCGGCCCCCGGGCGGUGCCGGUGACUCCGGAGCGCACAGGCUGUGGGCGGAGGCGGCCCCGCGCCCCGGCGAGUCGCUUUGCCUCUUCCACCCACUCUCACCCGCCCCCGCGUGGAUACCAUGUCUAAGGCGGCCGGAGGCGCGGCGGCGGCGGCGGCGGCUGAAAGUUGUCCCCCAACCCCGGUCGGCGCGGGCGCGGCUGCAGCCGUGGAGGAUCUGUCCAAAGUGACGGACGAGGAGCUGCUGCAGUGGAGCAAGGAAGAGUUGAUCCGCAGCCUCCGGCGCGCCGAGGCCGAGAAGGUGAGCGCGAUGCUGGAUCACAGCAACCUCAUCCGCGAAGUGAACCGCCGCCUGCAGCUGCACCUCGGCGAGAUCCGCGGGCUCAAGGAUAUCAACCAGAAACUGCAGGAGGACAACCAGGAACUGAGGGAUCUCUGCUGCUUUCUGGAUGAUGACCGGCAGAAAGGAAAAAGGGUGUCCCGGGAGUGGCAGAGACUAGGCCGCUACACAGCUGGGGUGAUGCACAAGGAAGUGGCCUUAUACCUGCAGAAGCUCAAGGAACUGGAGGUGAAGCAGGAGGAAGUGGUGAAGGAGAACAUGGAGCUCAAGGAACUCUGCGUGCUGCUGGAUGAGGAGAAGGGUGCAGGCUGUGCCGGCAGCCGCUGCUCCAUCGACAGCCAGGCCAGCCUGUGCCAGCUCACCGCCUCCACGGCACCUUAUGUGCGGGAUGUGGGAGAUGGCAGCAGUACUUCCAGCACUGGCAGCACUGACAGCCCUGACCACCAUAAGCACCACACAAGUGGAGGCAGCCCGGAGCAUCUCCAGAAGCCACGAGGCGAGGGUAGUCCAGAGCACUCCAAGCAUAGGAGUGCCAGCCCUGAACACUUGCAGAAACCCAGAGUCUCUGGGACCUCGGAUCACUCAAAAGCCCUCAAAGGACCCACCCCUGAGCACCACAAACCCUUGUGUAAGGGCAGUCCAGAACAACAAAGACAUCCACAGCCUGGGAGCAGCCCGGAAACACUGCCUAAGCAUGUGCUGAGCGGGAGCCCUGAACAUUUCCAGAAGCACAGGCCAGGAGGCAGCCCAGAGCACGCCAGGCCUAGUGGAGGGAGCCCGGAGCAUCUUCAGAAACAUGCUCUUGGGGGCAGCCUGGAACACCUCCCCAGAGUCAGAGGCACCAGUCCUGAACAUCUCAAACAGCAUUAUGGGGGAAGCCCUGAUCACAAACACGUAGGAGGCGGAGGCAGUGGCGGAGGCAGCAGGGAGGGCACCCUCAGACGGCAAGCACAAGAGGAGGCGUCGCCCCAUCAUCGCAGUGUCUACAGUGGCAUGAACGAAUCAACCUUGUCCUAUGUUAGGCAGCUGGAGGCAAGAGUAAGACAGCUGGAGGAAGAAAAUCGCAUGCUGCCCCAGGCCUCCCAGAAUAGAAGGCAACCUCCAACUAGAAACAGCUCAAAUGUGGAGAAAGGCUGGGGGCCCAGAGCCCGGCGGGUCUGGCAGUGGUGGCAAGGGUGCCGAGGAAUAGGACGAUGCCUGCCCACUCUCCCGGGUUCUUUUAGGUUGUCAUCAGGGGCUGAUGGGAGUAACAGUUCACCCAACUCUCCAGCUAGCUUCAGUGGACAUACCACACCUUCUCAGCAGCCUGAACCUGUGGUACAUUCUCUUAAGGUUGUGUGGAGGAAACUUGGAGAUGCUGCCGGUUCAUGUCCUGGAAUUAGGCAGCAUCUAUCAGGAAACCAGUACAAAGGACCAAUGUGAGAAGCAUUCUUUUUCAAACUUGACAUCCCCACUGCCAGAGGGAAAGAGAAGGAAAAAAGAAGAAAAAUAAAAGAGUAUAUGUUUCCACAGACCUGGACUGCUGGAAUAACAUGGACUGUACACUGCACACAUCUCCUCCAAACCUUCUAGAUAUCAUGUUGAUACUCUUGUGUCUCACUUCCAUGUCCAAAACAGUUAAUCUCAACAAGGUAGUGCUGAAUAAUCACCAUUUGGUAUCAGUGUUUUCAUUAGAACUAAAGUGUUUUAACUUCCCACAUCUAAGAUUAUAAUUGGGAAAUCUGCAUGGUUGGAAGUGUCCAUUAGCGAUUCAGUGGUUUUGAUAGAGUUGACUUGUUCCAUAUAGUGGUGGAAACUUUUACCAUGUAGUACUGAAGAGAUGAAGAGAUGAUUUCCAGUUCCCUGGGGUUGAGAGCUGGGCAAUUGCCUCUUAUGCUUCAUUGAAGAAUAUAUUAGUUCCUGAUUCAUAAUUAAUUGAGAUAUAAGAGGUAUGGUUUCUGGGCUUUUGUUUUGACUUUUGAGGUGCUAAAAAUACCACGUAAAUUCUAUUACCAGCUUGAAGAGUAGCAAGACUUUGUAAAGUGCUUAUUCAGAGAGUAUCAUUUAUUUCAGUUAUUGAAAAUAAGUAUCUUUUCUUUAAUCUUGAUGAGUUACUCAUAGAGGAACACUUAGGGACAUAUCAACCUCCACAGUUAUUCAGUGUAUCAAUUUCAACUAAAAGACAAGCAAAUAUAAUUUUUCUAAGUGAUUAGAGCUGUUAGAUAUUAAUUUAUACAAUUUAGUUUCUAGACAUGCUGUAUAUUUAAUAAACUUUAUGUAAACUUUAAAAUAUUGCACUGCAUUUAUGAAUAAAGCUUUCUUUGCCUACUGCAGCUGUUUAAUGUUUUAUGAAACUAACGCAUGUCCUUCAUUACUGAGAUUAAAGGUUCUUGUUCAGAUUGCUUGAAGUUUGAAAAAGAGGUGUGCUAGCUUUGCUUAGUUUUUUUCCUUAUUUUUGGUAUAUACAUAUAAUAUUAGAAUGUGUGUAUUGGAAAUGCUAUGAUAGGUAUUUUGUGUUUAUCUAAUGCAAUGAUAGUUUCUUGUAUGAAUGUACAAGCCUGUGACAGAAUGCUAUGUUUUUACUGUAGUUUAAGAUUUUAAAAGUAGGGAUGCAACAAUUCCCAGUUUUCUGAUGUCUUCUAAAUUACUGAGAUUUGAUUCACAGAAAAUAUUCCUUCUUGUUCUUUUUGAAAUAGGUUCAUUACACAGUAUAUUAAUUGUCAGUGGUGGGACAAUAUGAAAGAAUUUUGCUUUGCUCUUUUGAAAUGUAAUUGUGAUGAAAAACUAGCCCUCUAUUUUCAGAAAAUGUUUAUGAAUUAAUUUACUGUAAGAUUAUCUCUAAUUAUACUGACUGGAUUACAGUGUAAGCCUCUGUUUCUUUUUAAAUGUUAUAUUUUUAAAUGUUAUUAUUCUGUAAAAGAAAAUUGCUAUCUUUACACCUUUUCUCAUAGGAGAAUGUUCAUCUUUAAGUUGUUGCAUUCCUGCACUUGGCGAUGUUUAAAGCAAGUUUUUGUGCCUGCAGCAGAUUCUGCAGAAGCUAAUUCAAGGGACACUGGUAUUUGACAAACAUACUUGUGUAAAUUUUGAUACUGUAUUAAAACUAUUUUUUUAAAGUUCCACAUAAAACUGAGUAUUAAGUAUAUGUGUUCAUCUUAGAAAUGAUAAUAAAUUAUUUA